CGCGGUUAGGAUAAAUAUGACCUUGUCCAAAGGACAAACUGGGUUUGAGUCAAAGGAAAAGAGUUCUCCUUCGGAAGUUUUGUAGAUGAGUGUUAUUGACACUUUAUGGGCCAAAAAAAACGUUCUUAGGUUAAUCGACUAUUUAUAUCGCCCGAGGAUCAUCUGCAUAUCAUAAUCACUGAAAUAAAGCAAAAAAACCUGUUGAACGUGAAUGAUGAACUACUGUAUGUGAACUGUCUUGAUUUAGAUUACGAAAUGACGUCACACAUGGUGUAAAAACUCCUUUUCGCCUUAUGGAAGAAUUAGGUUCGCCCUCAAAUGUGAUUGGUUCUUCCAUAUGCCUGAAUUCUGCCGACAUUUUUUGUGGAAUGCGUAGUCAGGCGAUAGUAGUUUACUGUUGUCAGUGAUAAACCUGAAAUGUACCUCUGAUCCACCGGUAGGUCAUUAAGGAUCUUCAAAGUCACGAAACAUGUCAUAAUAGGGUUAGUAGUUGGUGUUUGGAAUUUAGUUCAGAACCUUCAUCACGAUGACGCAAGGAUCCGUAGACCCUCUGUUCUGAUCUUAGCACUCUAAAUCAUUUAUAUUUCAGCGACUCAUGACUGGCUGAGGAAGUCAAGAUCUUAAGAUUGUUCUGCUGUAUUAUUCAGUUUUACCCUCCCGAAAUUAAAAAGCUAAUUCUUGACCUAACAAAUCAGAUCUAGGAUUUCGGUUUCCGAACUUUGGUGCAGAAUUCACUCAUACAUAUAACAAAAUUACAUUCGGAACCAUAACUGAUGUCAAGUCGUGACGAAAACCCUAAUUUAAAUCCCUAAUCUUAGAACUCAAACAUCUAGUUUCGAUUCCUCACAUGAAUUCAUGUCCGUGUUUCGACUGUAGCAAGUGGUCGGGGUCCCCCAAAGGUACUUUUAUAUCGCUCAAAGAUCGUUCAUAAAUUAUAUUCUCGUCGAUUGUUCCACUUAUGAAUUUAUUUACCGCUACAACAUCAAUUCAUGCUUUUUCAUUACGAUUAAAUAUGAUGUUGUGGAAGUGGAGUACUAAAUUUCAUAAGACUGUUAAAGUCUCACUUAAUUUAUGUUUAUAAAAAUUCUGUUUUUUCUGCUGAUAUGGCUGUAUGCUAUGACUGAAGUAACUGCUACUUAUUGCAACGGAACAUGUCAGCGCAAGAAGAUAUACAAGUCCGUAGGUGAAGACUUAUUUAUUUAUUAAUAUAAUGUUAAAAGUAAUGAUGAAGUAUGUAUGCGAAUUUUUAAAUUUUCAGUCAACGGAUAGACUUAAAUAUGUUGAGUAGGUAGUAAUUUACAUGCUGUUAUACUCAAGUCCUUAUGUUCUUUCAUUUUUUUCACCUGGUCUCCUUAUUUCUUUCCAAUGACCACCUGUAUAAAAGCCAGUUAAUCAGUUUUACUCCUCUACAAGUUUAGUUUUUAACCUGUUUUUGUUCUGAUUUUCAGUUAUCUGAUGCCGACUAAACAAUAUAUCUGUUUACAGCCUUUCUACCGUUAAAUGUCAUCCAUUGUAAUUACCAGGCGUUAAAAUGUCAAAUGUAAACCUACACAGUGAUUUGUUCCUGCAUUAUUAUAAAGCAUGGGGUGGAGUUGAAGAUUAUGAAUCAGAGAACUUAGGGAUACCAGAUUUUUUCCAACGUGUACCACAAGAUAAUGAGAUUUUACCUGCGAAAUUACGGGAGGAUGCUAGGUCUGCUUUGUUGGAGAGAAAAAGUUUGAGAUUGUUGUCUAAUGCUGAACUUCAAGAGUUUUGGUAUCUUUUGGAACGCUAUCAUUCACCUCCUACAGUUAACGGUGAAAAAUUCAUGGACUAUGAGAAUUUUCGCAAGGCAUCUAAAGAAGCAUCUCCCAAGGCAAAGCAAUAUUUCACAGCAACUACAUUUGUAAAAUUACUUCGUGAAGAUGAAGUUUUGUCACGUAUUAAUAUCUUGACAUUUUUCAAUUAUGUCAUGAAGAAAGUAUGGUUGCAACAAACCCAUGUUGGGAUAUCUCUUUAUGAUGUGUGCGGUGAAGGUUAUUUGAGAGAGACAGAUUUGGAAAACUAUAUGUUGGAACUUAUCCCUACUUUGUGUCAGCUAUCAGAGUUGGAGCCAACGUUCCAAACAUUCUAUGUAUGCACGGCUGUACGAAAAUUCUUUUUUUUCCUUGAUCCUUUACGUUCGGGUCGUGUGCGUAUCACCGACAUUUUAGCUAGUGGAUUUCUAGAUUCUAUGCUUGAAUUACGUGAAGUAACUACAUCAGAAGCACAAUUAGCCGCUAAUUGGUUUAGUCAUCAAUCAGCUGUACGUGUUUACGGUAGCUAUUUGCUAUUAGACGAAGAUCGAAAUGGCUUGUUAACACGCAGUGAAUUAUCACGAUUUGGAAAUGGUACAUUGACUGACGUAUUUCUCGAUCGUGUAUUUCAAGAAUGUUUAACUUAUGAAGGUGAAAUGGACUACAAAACUUAUUUAGAUUUGGUUUUGGCUAUGGAAAAUAAACAUGAGCCGCAAGCAAUUGCUUAUCUUUUUCGUAUUCUUGAUGUUGGUGGUCAAGGUAAACUGACUUCACUAACACUGCGGUAUUUCUACGAUGGAAUCGAAGAUAAACUACGUGCCUCAGAUAAUGAUAUACCAAGUUUUGAAAAUGUAUUAAAUGAAAUCUUCGAUAUGGUACGACCAGCGAAUCCCCAUUACAUCACCUUAGAUGACCUUAUCAAUUGUGGUAAGGGUGACACCGUAAUAAACAUAUUGAUUGAUCUCCAAGGUUUUUGGGCCCAUGAAAAUCGUGAAGCUUUCACUUCCGAAAUACCAGAUGAAGCAGAAUUGUAAAUCGGAUUUUGAUUAUUCACUGAUUUCCAGCAUUGCGAUCAGUGUUAAUUUGAUCAAUACAUUGUUACUGAAAAAAACAUUGAUAAUCUUAUAUACUUGUUAGACAAUUAAACACUUCUGAACUCUCGUAAUGUGUCUAUAUUUAAAAAUAUACAGGACUUUUGUGGAGUA